UUCCGACGUCGAGAGUAAAUUGCGUUCCCAAACAGUCCGUGUGUUUUCGAGAAUCGACAGACCCCCUUUGCGAAAAGGAAACCGAGGACGGGUCAUCGUGCGGUAUUUCAGGCUUUCGACGUAUGGCUGCGCAUACGGUUCGUGCACCGCUACAGGCUUCCGGGCUGCUGGAACCUACAUGAAAAUUCAUGAGAUAGAUCGAGUACAUACGCUACCGCUCAAAAGUAUCCAGACACUUGCGAAAUACAUACGUAUUAGCAUUGCAUAAAAGUUAUUUAACCCCUUGACCUACACGUUAUAUUCCGAUUGCUCGGCAAGAUAGAAAAUCUGAACAAAGUACCAUGUGUCAGACUCGUGUUUAUUGUUUAUUAACGAAAUUCCUUACCACGAGUCUCACUGAACGAAAAGUUCAGUGUCGGGCAUCAAUAAUAGACCUGGCACUCAACGUGUUAAUAAGAAAAGUGCAAAGAACGAUUGGUAGACGAUAGCGAGAGGAAUUAGAAAGGUGUUCCGGUAACACGGCUUACACCCAGAAGCCACAGACGGUAUCAACCGUAAGACCGAGUAAGGGUUCGUCGAAAAGUCGAAGGUUGGAAGGAAAGUCUGGCAUGGUCGAGUUUUUAACCCCCACGUGGCUGAGCAGCCCUCCUCGUUACGGUGCGGCCGUGUGACGUGACGUGCCGUCUCGUCGGGGGCGACGGUCAUUGGCGCGUUCAGCCCUUCCGACACGCGACACUGACGACAACGCCGAGCCAACUCGAAAUAUUACGACGCCGGUUAGGCUCAUUAUGGAUGGAUGGCUAUCGAUGGACGCGACGCGUCGUCGUCAUCGCUGACACCCCACCGCGGGAGACAACCGUGGGUGGAAGAGUCGUUCACCAACUUCGACAAGGGCAUCAAUUGGCGGAGUUACGUUGUCUGCGACGUGGCGUACAGCAACGUCAACAAUUGGCUGUGGUCCCCGUUCAUCGAGAGGGGACCGGCAAACCGCAUGUACAUAGAAAUCAAAUUCACUACCCGUGACUGCUCCCUGUUCCCCGGACACGCGCUCAGCUGCAAGGAAACUUUCAGUCUACUUUACUACGAGUUCGACGCGGCCACCAAGGAGCCGCCGCCAUGGGAGACGGACAGUUACAAGUUGAUCGGUCGCAUCGCCGCUGGCGAAGGGAGGUUCAACACCAACACCGAGGUGAUGAUAAACACGGAGGUAAAGUCGAUACCGGUGACGAAGAAGGGCGUGUACUUUGCGUUCCGCGACCAGGGCGCCUGCAUCUCCAUCCUCGCCAUCAAGGUCUACUAUAUCAGCUGUCCAGAGAUCUCCGUCAACUUUGCCCACUUCCCUGCUACGCCGACGGGUCGCGAGGUGGCUUUGAUCGAGCAAACGAUCGGCACCUGCGUCGAUAACGCAGUGGUCAUCGAGGAGCCCACCUUUCUCUGCAAGGGAGACGGAAAGUGGUACCUCCCGAACGGCGGAUGCCACUGCAAGCCUGGCUACCAGGCGGACAUCGAGAAGCAACAGUGCACCGAGUGCAUGAUGGGCAAAUUCAAGCACGAGGCGGGACCCAGUAGCUGCGAACCGUGCCCGGCUCACAGCCAGUCCUCUGAUUAUGGAUUCACGGAAUGUCGAUGCGACACCGGUUAUUAUAGAGCGGAGAAGGACCCAAAAAACAUGCCCUGUACACAACCGCCGUCGGCGCCGCAGAAUUUGACUGUGAAUUUCGUGGACCAGUCCACCGUGAUUCUGUCCUGGAACACGCCGCACAUGCUGGGCGGCAGAACGGAUACGACCUACAGGGUGGUCUGCGACGCCUGCAGCAUGGGCGUCAAGUACAUUCCCAACGCCGACAUCUUCAACGACACCAAGAUCACGAUAACGGGCCUAAACGCGGUGACGACCUAUCGAUUCCAAGUGUUUGCCGAGAACGGCGUGUCGUCGCUGGCCAGAAAAUCGGAAUACGUGGACAUCACGGUCACCACCGAGGCGAGCGUUCCCAGCCUGGUGAGCAACGUUCGGAUCACCAGCGUCAAGAGUUCCGAGCUUAGCAUCAGUUGGGACGCCCCUAUAACCGACAUUGCCGGAGACAGCGAUCUGGUCGAGAGAUACGAAGUGAGGUGCUAUCCACGCUACGACGACGCUACCAACGCCACCGUCAUCCAGACCACCGAUCUCUCCACGACGUUCAAAGGCCUCAAACCAUCCACGGACUACGCCAUACAAGUGCGAGCAAAGACCACGCGCGGCUGGGGCGAGUACACGCCGGUGGUGUUCAAGAAGACGCCUCACGCCAUGGGUCUAGACUACGUUGGAGAGGACGACAACAUGCAAGUGAGAAUCAUAGCCGGGGCUAUCGUGGCAGUAGUCGUUCUUCUGGUGAUCAUCAUCAUCAUGACCGUUCUGAUCCUCAGAAGCAGGGCCUCGGACGAGUGCAACAAGAAACAGCCGAGCGACUGCGACACUCUGGAGUACAGGAACGGCGAAGGACUAGUUGUGACCUACAUGCACUGCAAAAUGGACAGUUCACCGAUUGUGACAACCCACACCAACAACAAGAGCAAGUCCUCGCUGACCACGCCGCUGUUCACACCUGCAGUGGGAGUUGCCGCCGCAGGUGCAGGAGGCGCUGGUGGCGCAGGUGCGAGGAGUUACGUCGAUCCUCACACCUACGAGGACCCGAAUCAGGCCGUGAGGGAGUUUGCUCGCGAGAUCGACGCGGGAUACAUCACAAUAGAAGCCAUCAUAGGUGGCGGAGAAUUCGGUGACGUUUGUCGAGGAAAGCUGAAACUUCCGCCCGAUGGUCGAACGGAGAUUGACGUGGCCAUCAAGACCCUGAAGCCAGGCUCCGCGGACAAGGCUCGCAACGACUUCCUCACCGAGGCUUCGAUUAUGGGUCAGUUUGAGCACCCGAACGUGAUAUUCCUGCAAGGUGUCGUGACCAAGACCAACCCGGUGAUGAUCAUCACCGAGUUCAUGGAGAACGGUAGCCUGGACACCUUCCUCCGCGCGAACGACAGCAAGUUCCAGGUACUUCAGCUGGUGGGCAUGCUGCGCGGUAUCGCGAGCGGCAUGCAGUACCUAGCGGAGAUGAACUAUGUGCACCGUGAUCUCGCGGCGAGGAACGUGCUCGUAAACGCCGCCCUCGUUUGCAAGAUCGCCGACUUUGGACUCAGCAGGGAGAUCGAGAGCGCCACGGAAGGAGCGUACACGACCAGGGGUGGAAAGAUCCCGGUGCGAUGGACAGCUCCGGAAGCGAUAGCGUUCCGAAAGUUCACCAGCGCCUCCGACGUGUGGAGCAUGGGUAUCGUCUGCUGGGAGGUGAUGUCCUACGGCGAGAGACCGUACUGGAACUGGUCGAAUCAGGACGUGAUCAAGUCGAUCGAGAAAGGAUACAGGCUUCCAGCGCCGAUGGAUUGCCCGGAGGCCAUCUAUCAGUUGAUGCUCGACUGCUGGCAGAAGGAACGAACCCAUCGUCCCACGUUCGCGAAUCUCACCCAGACAUUGGACAAGCUCAUACGGAGCCCGGAAACGCUGAGGAAAAUAGCCCAAAACAGAAUCAGGGAAAGGGGUGCUCCACCCCCACCCCCACCCGCCUCGUCGACAUCCUCCAACGUGCAUUUGAGGAAAAGGGGCACCAAUCCACUGGCGCCGGACGCGGUGGACUUGACACAGUUGACCUCGGUCGGCGAGUGGCUGGCCUCCAUCAAGAUGUCACGGUACGCGGACAGCUUCGAGAGGUCCGGGGUAGUCACCCUGGAGGCGGCAGCUCGUGUAACCGUUCAGGAACUGACGGAUCUAGGGGUGACGCUGGUGGGACACCAGAAGAAGAUCAUGAACAGCGUGACGGCGCUCAGAGCGCAAAUGUCCGCCACCUCGCAAGGCUUUCUCGUCUAACCGCGCGCCGGCCGGCCGGUCGGUGCGCUUCUCAGAAGAACCUUUUCACGCGGUAGCGAUACCGCGAACGAGUCAGGACUCGACGAUGACCCGUCGAGCCGACGGAUCGGUCCUUUGCGGGGAUCACUCGCGCCGAUCGCCACCCAGCCAAGGUUCUAGCGAGGGACUUAGAUCCUAGCGGCAUCCUAGUCACGACGAUAGGUGUCCACGGACAGAAAUCACCCUUUCCACGUCCACAGAGUCCCCCCUCCCCCAAGCUGCCCGUUAGCCCCGGCUGUCUCGAGGAUUCGGGAAACUAGAAGCUUCCUCGAGCUAUCCUCGGCCUACCUCGAGACGCUAUCGCUCACCGAACGGAAACGUAACGCGUUCAAAGCCAGAAUCCUAGGCUGCGCGUGGCGCGGAAACGGUCCGCAACAAAACCGUUUCACGGAAAGUCUCGCUCGAUUCAUCGAAUCGCGAGCGAGCCACCCGCGACACGGGAUCAAUCCGUAGAUAAUAGACCCCGGGACGGCCUAAAAAUAUCGAGUCGGCCGCGUCGACUUUGUCUUUCUCUUCCUAGAAAUCGCGUCCCCGCGCGGCUCGAUCGCCAGGAUCGGCCGAGGGACGAUGCAACUGCCACCCGUAUAAUCACUGCCGUAAUCUUUACAACAGCGAAACUCUGCGCGACCACCUCCGACCGAGGGCUAUCUAUCACAUCCUAAUAUUUCGGAUUUGCUGUAGACGUCAGACACGGGUUUCGUUAUUUUCCGAUAUGCGUGAGACGCGUUUAGUUAGUAGAGAAUCUUGGGUUUCGCGUGGAAGUUAAUGAUAAUCUAGUGUUGUUGAUUGAAAAAACAGUUCAUCCUCGUCCAAACUACUACCGAAGCAAGCGAAAACACGUGUCGGACGUUCAUAGGAAUUCCCAGCCCAAGUCAAACUCUCGAACAAAAGCCUACUCACCGUCGAAACUGUCUAACGCACUGAAACUUGCUCAUCGCACCGGCUACACGUACAGAGUCACGCGAAACGUGUCCAUAGACAUUCCGUUUUCUUUUCUUUUCUUUUCUUUUCUUUUCUUUUUCUUUUUCUUUUCUUUUCUUUUUCUUCUCUUUUCUUU